AUGGAUGAAGAAGACCAACUGAUCCAGCCUCAAGACCAGAGCUGCUGGGCCACCCUGCCCGAUGUGUGCCUGCGUCGUGUCUUCUGGUGGCUGGGAGACAGGGACAGGUCCAGAGCGGCCCUUGUCUGCAGGAAGUGGAACCAGAUGAUGUAUUCGGCUGACCUCUGGCGAUACAGGACCAUCACGUUCAGUGGGAGACCUUCCAGGGUACACGCGUCUGAAUUCCAGUCAGCCCUUUGGUAUGUUAAGAAAUUUGGUCGUUACCUGGAGCACCUGGAGAUCAAAUUUCUGAAUCCUUACAACGCUGUCCUGACCAAGAAGUUCCACCUCACCAUGCGAGGCCUCCUCUCAUGUCUGGGCAAGAGUAACAACCGUCUGAAAUCUCUCUCCAUCCAGCAUCUCGAGUUGGACCGCCUGGUCUGGAGGAACAGCAUCAGGAGCUCAUUCAUGAAAAGCUUGAGCUUCUUCUUGAAGAAGAUGGGCAGACACCUGAACUAUCUCAGCCUGAAGGGGGCCAGGCUCACCACGGAACAAGGCUGCCACAUCCUCAAUGCCCUGAGCUACUUAAGGAAUGAGAGCACGGUGUCAGAGCUCAACAUCGAGGACUAUUUCAGCCACCACCUCGCUGUCUACAGCAGUCCCCAGUUCAAUAAGACCAUGGCUACAUUCCGCAACCUGGUGUCCCUGACCCUCAACUACAACUGCAUCUCUGACGAGCUGCUGGAGAACCUGUGCGACAACACUGCUGGCACCCUGCGUACCAUGAACAUCAAGUGCCACACUCAUGACCCCCAUGGGCAGGUCAUCUGGGGCAUGUCUUGGGCCAAGCUGGCCAGGCACGCCACCAGCCUGAAGGUCAACUUCUUCUUUGAGCGGGUCAUGAAGUACGAGCGCUUGGCCCGGAUCCUCUUGCAGGAGAUCCCCAUCAGGAGCAUCAGUCUGAGAAGCUGCUAUUUCAGCGACCCCGACUGGUCCAUGAGACCCACGCUGACGGAUCUCCUGCCCACCUUCCGGCACACUCUGCAGAAACUAACUUUUGAAUUCAACAACAACCAUGAGUCUCUGGAUGAAGAGCUGCACCUCCUCAUCUUAUCCUGCAGGAAGUUGUUUUACUUCAAAAUCUGGGCUUUCCUGGAUGUUAAGUUUGUGGAGCGGAUUCUAAAGAUCCGGGAGGAAGGGCAGUGUGCCCUGCGCACACUCAAGGUGAGAAUUUAUACAAACAGAUAUGAGACGAAUGAAGAGGACAGGACACUGCGGGAAAUUUACAGGAGGUACAGAAAGCUGAUCGAUUCCGAGCUUAACUAUUUUGUCAUCGCUUACCCCAUGAUGUAA